ACGGGGCGGGCAGCUUGAUCCUCCGGGGCCCGCCCAUGUCCUACAGAGGGCGUGUCGGCAUCGACAGGGGCCGGUGCGAGAGGCAGGAAUGGUACGAGGAGGAGCUUUCGGGGACGAGAAGGAGGGGAUGCCAUCGCGGGCUCGGCUAACAAGGAUGCAGAUGAACCGGCUCGAGGUCGACAGCGAGCCGCACGCCGUGAGAAAUGUCGCCCGCCGCUCCUGCGCGGCCGCUCGACACGUCGUACGAAGCUCACAGAGCGCUGCCGCCUUGUUGAAGCGCUCCUUGCCCCUCCUCGUGCCCAUGAUGAGACCGCACGCCGGUCUACAGGUCGUUGCCGCCAGUCGACAGAGGUCGCCCACCGCGGGGCGCUGAUGAAGACGCGACGCGCUCUGCGCCGGCGGCGGGCGCUCGCAGUGGUGCG